AAAAGAAAGCAGAAAUAAAAUAAAGCAAUGCCCCUCCAAGCUAACAUAUAGAAAUUUGGUUCAACAAACAUAGCAGCAGUGAAGCAUUUGAGGAGAUGGGAAGAACAGGGCUGAGGUUGCCUGGUUUCUGUCUAAACAGGAUUAGGCCUCAUGUUAGAGUUAAGUCUCCUCCAACACAACCCAAUCCUAGUGCUAAAACAACACAUCCAAAAGGUCAAGUUGGAGAAGAAGCUAGCGGGAGGAAGAUCAUGAUAGUGGUUGAUUCCAGCAUUGAAGCCAAGGGAGCUUUACAAUGGACACUUUCUCACACUGUUGUUCAAUGUCAGGACACCCUUGUUCUUCUCCAUGUGGCUAAGCCCUCAAAACAAGUUUCAAAUGAUGAGAAGCGAGGUACACGGUCAUGUGAACCGGUUUCCUCCCUGAAAAAUAUGUGCAAGCAGAAGAGACCAGAGGUGGAAGUUGAGGUAGCAGUGGUGGAGGGAAAAGAGAAAGGUCCUGCGGUAGUGGAAGAAGCCAAAAGACAGGGAGUGGCACUUCUAGUUUUGGGACAGAAGAAGAAGUCGAUCACUUGGCGUCUGAUAAUGAUGUGGGCCGGCAAUCAGAUAGCAGUCGGAGCGGUCGAAUACUGUAUCCAAAAUGCUACCUGCAUGGCCGUUGCAGUAAGAAGGAAAAGCAAAAAACUUGGUGGCUAUUUGAUCACCACUAAACGCCACAAGGAUUUCUGGCUCUUGGCUUGAAACUACACACCCAAUAUUUCUUUAAUUGGAAUCUUUUGUUU